GCGGUGAAUCGAUUCGUUCAUCCAGUGGUGUGCGCGACGGCUGGCCGGGCUUGGGCCGGGCGGGCGGUCGGUCGGUCGGUUGGUCUUCAGUCCUCCUCCUCGAGCCACGGGAUGCACCCUCCAGCCGACGACCCUUGCCACCACGACCAGGAGUGCCGAGAUGCCCAAGUAGCCGAGCGGACGAGCAAGUAGCAGCAAAAAUGAGGAUCGCGCGCACUUUGCUGGCCCAGGCGACGUCGACGAGCACCACCACGACCGUCGAGCCCGGAUUGAUGUUGCUCAACAAUACUUCAGCCACCAGCAACUCAACUGGCGGAUUUUUCACUGACGCCGACAACGAAGACGGAGCCGGCUUCACGGAGGGACAAACGGUGCUGCUGGCGCUUCUGGCCACUCUGCUGCCCCUGCUGCUCAUCGUCCUAAUCGUAUUUUCCGCCAGGGUCGUUUGGCGCAAGUACGGCGGUGCUUCCAGCGGCGACGACGCACCAGGCUUGAGGCGGGCUGAGAGCUCCGAGCCGAACGCGGCCAAAUCUGCAGCCAGCAUGGGUCAUUUGCUGCCAGAGGAGCUGAAGGCGAGCGAGUCGCAGUCGACAGUGACCCCAUCGGUGGACGACCUCUGCGAAAUGACAAAGUCGCCGUUGCUGAGCUCGACGACGCAGCGGGCGGCGACGUCAGGGCCGCCGAGCGUGGCGCCGCUGAGCCACAACCAAGCGAGCGCCAAGAGCGCCAACGGCAGCAUCAUCACCCUCACAAUGCAGAAUAAUCACCUCAUCGUAGAAACAGAGACGGCCGGCGACGCUGACGUGCUGACACAGACGAGCAGCGACGCCGUGUCGACGGACAGCGUGAUGCUGGAGGGUGGUGGCAGUGGCGCCGACGUGUCAGCGCAGGUACACGCGCCGCCGUCUCCGCCGUGCUUUACGGGGCUGAGCGUGUCGUCGACGAGCCUGUCGGCGGCGCCGUCGUACUGCUACUCGACCCAGACGGCGUACGGCGCCACGCCGCUGUGCCAGCCGAUCACGCGACCGCUGCUACUGGCGACGGCCGACGAGCGGCGCCACGCGCCCGACGACCCCAACCACAUCUCAGCUAAGAUUCUGCGGCGCCGCCUGCACUCGGCGUACAGCCAGGUGCUCGACGACGCUGAGUUCGCGCCCAAUCACCACCGCAGCGCCAGCCUGCCGCCCAUUAGGUUCACCAGAACCAACACGGUGACGGCCGAGGCGCCGCCCGCCAUGCCGGCGCCCGCGGUGCCGCGCGGCGCCGGAAAGUUCAAGUCACGCAACUCGCUGCCCUGCAUCAAUCCGCCGCUGCUCGGCAAGAUCUUCGGCGGCAGCGGCGGUGGCACCGCCGCCAGCGACAAGCCGGCAUCCAUCGCCGAGUGAAUUUUGGUGCUCGUUUCGGACUUCUGCGGAAGCGCACGCUCCUGUGAUUUUUUGUCCGUUUUGACGGUAUUUACUUCUUAGGUUUGAGCGCUCGCUGGGUUGUCAUGAGCUCAUUUCAGUGUAAACCUUUAUGUAAAAAGGUUUUAUUAAAGUCAGCUAAUUUAAACAAAACAAAUCAUUAAAUUACAUAAUUUUUCAAUUGGUUCGAAAAUUGUUCAACUAAUCAGGAGUCAUACUCCUUGCGAAACAGCUGUUUCGAUAUUUUUGGCUGAUAGUGACGUCCUUCGAUUUUGUCUUGUGUUGCUUACAAUAAUAGCAGCACUAAACAUUUUAAAAAUACAUUCGUGAUUGUUUAAAAACGAGUCACAUGGCGUUCCAAUUUUCAAUUAGAAAUCAGUUGCGAGAGAUAAGUAUAAUAACUGAAACAACCCGGCCAUGUUUUAUUAUUAAGAAAUUAAAUAUGUACAUUUUUGAACGAGUUAUAUUGAACAAAAAAUUCAUAUUUGAUCAUUGAUCUUCAAAAAUAUUCAUGGCAGUAAAAAGAAACUUCAUUCAAUCGAAAUAUUUCAAAUAAGCAAACACAAUUUAUAUAAAGAGGCAAUUUUUGUUAUUUCACAAAACUUAGUGAAUAGAGUGUUCAUAAAUAUUUUAUUAAAUUUGCUCCUCUCACAUUGCAUCCUAUCAGUUUAUAAUUGUUUCACUCUUUUCACCGAUGACAUCUCAGCGAGAGUAAAUUACAUUAUUUGCUAUAAGUUCCUGCAUUAGUGAAAAGGAAAUGGAUUGCGAUUGUGAGCAGACUGAUUAGAGUUCGUAUAAACUCAAAUUGAUACCUAAGUCUACAGGGAACUGCGGGCAGUGCGAUCCUGUCUGUCCGCAAGUCUCGAUUUGAACGUGCUGUGAAGAGACUUGCAACAAAUAACGCAUUUUAUUUAUUAACGCUUUUAAGUUUGAAACGCGUUGAUUUCCAACCUCGGUUGUUUCUUUCCGCAAUUUGCAAAGUCAGCAGAAUAGCAAUAGACUAUAUAAGCUUGGUGUCACACACAAAACUACGAAAAAAUAUCAAAAUCUAUUCCAAACACACACACACACACACACACGCGCGCGCGCGCGCGUUCUGUUAAAUUUAAAAGAUUCAAUAAUCGCAGUUAGCGCACACAACCUGUACAUAUAUACAAUUCGACUUUCUCCAUUGAUUGUCAUGUAACCCAAUUGUCGUAAAUAAUUCUAAAUGUGAGUAGAUUGCAAAAAAUCGGAUAUUCUCGAUGUCUGAGCUCUGCUAGGAAUCGAUUUCUGCAAAGGCCCUUGCCGCCCGCGCACACAACAAAAAAUCUUUGAAUUUUCACCCCUUUCACCCCUUUGGUGUAUCUAAAAUCCGUGCUUGUAUGUAGUGAAUCCGCUCUCUUUGUUGACGAAAUACAUAUUGCGCACGCACUUGUUGUUAUAGAAAACCCAUAUUGGUCGAGGCAAAUGAAAGUGAGAAAGAGAGAAAGUAAAAAAAUUGCAAAAUGUGUCAUUGGGUCCAAAGUAAAAUGUUUCCAUAUCACCCGAUUAACACGAUCUCAUAUUUCGCUGUAUAAGUGUAGUUUGUGGUGCGUUGGAGUAAAAGCUCACUAUUUAUAUAAAGCAACAAAAUGACCUAAGAAAAUCAAAAUAAUAACGACCACACUUCCUGUUUUGAAUUUUCACGUCGUGAAUAACCCCAUUAUCUGUUUGAAAACUAAUAGCCAAACCAGGAGGCUGCCCGGUAUGAGAGAGAUUCCUGUGAAAAAUCAAAGCAAACCAUGAAGAAAGAGUAUUGUGUUCAUAUAUGAUGGAAAGCAAACUGCCCCUCCCGAAUAUUAGGUCUGUUAUACUGUGGAUGCUUAACUUUGCUUUGUGUUAGAAAAACGUUUAGAUGAAAGUGUUCAGUGUGCUAAUGUCCCUGGGAACGAGCAGUGUGUAUUUGGGAAAUAAUGCAAAUUUUGCGAAUAUAAGUUUACAAAAACCAGCCAGCAAUUUUUGUGAGGCGAUCUUACGGGUUUUUUCAUUGACACUAACAAGCUUUCUUUUUAAAAAAGACACGAUAAAGAGUACAUAGUCAAAAAAGGGAUUUUUGUAUUAAAGGCGAGUUGAGGGUCUCAAGGUCUCGAAAUCGCCGGUAUUGUUUAAAAAUAUUGAAUAAAAAUAAUAUAAUUACAAAUGAUAUUACACAACAUCGCAGUAGACCGUAGCGGAAUAUCGAAAUGGCAUAUAUUAUAUGAUGUAACUUUAAGGCAAUAAACGAUAUGCAGCAAAAAUGAA